AGCCCUGCUGUGUAUGAUCAGUCUGAGCUUAAAUUUAAUCUUGGCUUUUGCAUGCGAAAGUGAAGGCUGGCAAAGAAUGGUACAAGCUUAAGUUAAAGGGAGAGGAUUCGCGGAAGCAAUCAUGGCGGCGUUGUCCUGAUUCAACUCGCAUGAAAAGGACGUAACGAAGAUAAACUAAAUAUGAGGUACUUAUCCAAACUCCAAACACUGAAUUCAAGUUCAGGCUUUAAGCUCCUUCAUUUUCGUGUCUUUGGGUUUCAAAUUCUUCAUGUCUCAAAGCUCUCCAAGUUGUGUAAGCAUUCUCAUUUGAAGAAAACGCAAGAGAACCACAAGAAGAAGGGAACAGAAACAGAGGGCAUUGGUUCUCUUUUCAGUGAAAUUACUGAGAUUUUAGGAGCUGAUAACCUCGUCAUUGAUAGAACUUCAUCUGGGAUUUCAAUAGCGGUAGAAACCCAUGUGGGGGAAAAGGCAGUGAGGGAAGAUUACCCAUCUGGCAUACAAGGUGUUUGUGGAUAUGCCGAGGACAAUGUGCGUCAAGAAAAGGCUGAUCCUUUGGUUUUAGAAGACGUUCGGUUAGAAAAUUUGGGUGGUACUGAUGUGGGCCCAGUAGUUCACAGGAUCACGGAGAUAAUUCAGGAUGAAAACGAUGCCAUUUCAAUGGAUACACGGUUAGAAAACUCAGGUUUUGUGUUUAAUUCGGAGAUUGUUGAGAAGGUGUUGAAAAGGUGCUUCAAAGUGCCCCAUUUGGCUCUAAGGUUCUUCAAUUCGCUGAAGCUGAGAAAUGGUUUCCGUCACACAACUGCGACUUACAAUACAAUGAUGUACAUAGCUGGCGAAGCAAGGGAGUUUGGCCUGGUUGAGGAAUUGUCAGAGGAAAUGGAGAGUAAUACUUGUGAGAAAGAUAUUAAGACUUGGACCAUACUUAUAUCUAAUUAUGGGAAGGCAAAGUUAAUUGGGAAAGCUCUGUUGGUCUUUGAGAGGAUGAGGAAAUCUGGUUAUGAACCUGAUGUGGUUGCUUACAAACUCAUGAUCCGUUCACUUUGUAUUGCUGGAAAAACUGAAAUUGCAAUGGAGUUCUACAGAGAGAUGGUCCAGAAGGAUAUGGGAUUAAAUAUGAAUUCAUAUAAAAUGCUGCUGAAUUGCUUGGCAGCAUCAGGAGAUAUUGCAGCUGUCCACAUGGUCGCAGGUGACAUGAUGAAAGUUUCUCAGAUUGCAGACCAUGAUGUGUAUAAUUGCAUGCUGAAGAGUUUUUGCAUAUCAGGGAGAAUUAAGGAGGCUUUAGAAUUGAUUCAUGACUUAAUGAGUAAAAACAUAACACUUAACCAUGAAAAUUUCGAAACUUUGGUCAAAGGAUUCUGCAGGGCUGAUAGGAUUGCUGAUGCAUUGGAAAUUGUUGACAUUAUGAAGAAAAAAAAUUUGCUUGAUGGGAAGGUUUAUGGGAUUAUCAUCAGUGAAUAUUUGAAGAAAAAUGACAUUUCUAAGGCAUUUGAUCUUUUUCAUAGAAUUAUGGAAUCUGGUCAUUUGCCCACAGUUUCCACAUAUACUGAGCUGAUGCAACACCUCUUCAGGUCUAAUGAAUAUCAAAAGGGCUGCAAGUUGUAUGAGGACAUGGUGAUGAGAGGAAUUGAGCCAGAUAAUGUGGCUAUCACAGCUCUUGUUGCAGGUCACAUUCACCACAAUCAUAUUCCUGAAGCUUGGAAAAUGCUCAGGAGCAUGGAGGAGAAAGGCAGCAGGAUGACUUGGAAAUCUUAUUCAGUAUUCAUUAAGGAGCUUUGUAAAAUUUCAAUGACAGAUGAGAUUGUGAAGGUUUUGAAUGAAAUGCGAGCUUCCAAGAUAGUAAUUGGAGACAAAAUAUUUCAUUGGAUCAUAUCCUAUUUGCAGAAGAAAGGAGAUACAGAUAAUAUAGAAAAAAUAAAGAAGAUUGAAAGAACUUGUAAAGUUUACCCUCAGGAAAAUGAGCCAUCUGUUAGUGAUGUAUCCAAAGGACAGGAUCACAAUAUGGACUCAAAAUCUUACCAAACAGAGCCAAUAAGAGCUGAAUUUAACCUAGUGGAACCACCUUUAGAGGCCUAUAGUAAACAGGAUCUUCAAGAAAUUUGUAGAAUUUUGUCAUCCUCAGCAGACUGGCUUUCAAUUGAAGAAGCUUUAGGGAGAUGCACUGUUCAGUACACUCCCCCACUAGUUGUGGAGGUCCUUAGGAGUUCCACUGUGCAUGGCCAUGCUGCUUUGCAGUUUUUCUCUUGGCUAGGAAAGCAAGAUGGUUACAGCCACACUACUGAAACUUACAACAUGGCUAUCAAAAUCGCAGGACGUGGGAAGGAUUUUAAACACAUGAGAUACCUCUUCUUUGAAAUGAGAAGAAGAGGUCUCUUGGCAGCAGCAAACACAUGGACAAUUAUGAUAAUGCAAUAUGGUCGAACAGGUCUGACAGAGAUUGCUAUGAUGAAUUUCCAGGAAAUGAAAGCAAGUGGCUGUAAACCAUCUAGCAGUACAUACAAGUAUUUGAUCAUCUCUCUCUGUGGAAAGAAAGGAAGGAAAGUCAAUGAGGCCAUUAAAAUAUUCAAGGAGAUGGUUCAUGCAGGUCAUAUCCCUGACAAAGAAUUGAUUGAAAUUUAUCUUGAAUGUUUAUGUGAAACUGGUAAUUUGUCAGAUGCUAGAAGAUGCACAGAGUCUCUACGCAAAGUUGGUUUCACAAUUUCACUGAGUUAUUCGCUGUACAUUAGAGCUCUUUGUCGAGCAGGGAGGUUGGAUGAAGCUCUAUCGUUGUUAGAUGAGGUUGAGCUUGGGUCAGAGCAAUCUACAUUGAAUCGGUAUAUUUAUGCUAGCAUUGUUCAUGGACUCCUACAAAGGGGGCAGCUAGAAGAGGCUUUGGCAAGGGUGGAUGCUAUGAAGCAGGUAGGGAUUCAUCCACCUGUCCAUGUGUAUACAUCUUUGAUUGUUUAUUUUUUCAGGGAAAAACAGGUAGAAAGAGCUUUGGAAAUGUUCAACAAAAUGAGAGAGGAAGGUCAUGAACCGACACUUAUUACAUAUUCUGCAUUAAUUCGUGGAUAUAUGAGCAUGGGGAAGGCUACUGAUGCUUGGGAUGUCUUCAAUCGGAUAAAGUUGGAAGGACCAUUUCCUGAUUUUAAGACCUACUCAAUGUUCAUUGCUUGCCUCUGUAGGAUAGGUAAAUCUGAAGAAGCUCUUCAGAUUUUGUCUGAAAUGUUAGAUAGUGGGAUUGUUCCAAGUACUAUUAAUUUUCGAACCAUCUUUUAUGGCCUAAAUAGAGAGGGUAAACAAAAUUUAGCAUGUACUGUAUUACAGAAAAAGUUGGCUCUUAGACGUAAUCAGAAAUUUUUAACCUAAAUUUGGUUCAUUAUUUUUU